UCUUGUUUAUAUGGUAUAGGGGGACAUUUGACCUGAAAUCUCACCAGCACUAUGAGGACAUUUUGGUUUAUGAGGACAUUUUCAAUGUCCCCAUAAGUCGGGCACUGUAGAAGUACUUAUUUCAUUGUUAUUAACUAUGUCCUGCUUUUUUAACUCAUGUCCUAAUAUACCAUAAAGACCUGGUUUUGUUGUGUAUCACACACAGCCCAUACUCCCCCUAUGUCUGGUUGUUGGUAGUGCAGCUUGAUACGAUUUUUUUUCAUUGGCUCAUGGGUUGUAUGCAUGUCUGAUCACCGAUUGGCUACUGCUUCUGUCAAUAACGGGGACGAUCGUUGAUUCGCGGUUGCGGCUGUGAGUCACCGCAUUCUGGCGGCAAACUAUCAACUUUCUAUGUCGCGAGCCUAUAGCUAGUGAAACCCCGCCAAGUUAUGCUGAAGUUUAUUUUACCUCAGAAGACAUCACCUGAAAGAAACCGCGACGCGAAGAGGACUUUUCUAAUGGUUAUCUUCACUACUAAAUAGGUAAGUAAUUUUUCUAUUCACACAAUUGAUCAAAUGUAUUAUUUAGUUUACAAUUUUAUAGCUAAAAUAUAUAAAAUGUGCAGUUUAAACACAAACGUGAACAGGGUAGAGUAAUGACUGCUAUAGUACUUGUAGCUUGGUAAUUAUGUACUGUACUUCUCCUGUUCUGUUGUUCAAGCAGGCUAAUGGGUUAAUACUACUGAGAUUAAACUUGCGUUGAUGUUAUUGUUGGAGUGUCUCGCAGUUUUAUAGUCAGUCCUGAGUGUUUUUGUAGUCUGGCUAAUUUUUUUUUUUUUUGCAUGUGCUUAAAACAUUUGUUAAUAUCGUAUUUCUGUCCGAAACGUGAGUUAAUUGUUGUCGUCUGCUUGUUAGCGGUAAGUUAAGUAAUUGUUUCAAGCUAACGUUAGCGAAUGUAAUGAUGGACAUUCAAUGGGCUCUGAAGUGCCAGCAGUUUCUUCUCUCAAAAUGAUUUCGCUUUUAGUGUUGUUUAGAAACUGUAUAAAAAGCCAAUACAUGGCUUUGUGUUUGGCCGUGUUUGAGGAAUGACAAGUGUUCCUCUUGUCAUGAUCUGAUAAUUUGACUGAUGUAUCCCUCAUUCACCCAAAUAGGUGAGUAAUAGUAAUAUAAUAUGAAUAUAGUGUAUUGUCAAAACACUUGGCCGAUGUAUUUUGUAAUUUUAUUUAGGCAUAGUGGCUGGGUAAGUUUGACUCUGUGUUAAAUAGUGAAGGCCUUUUUAACACAUGUUAAAAAGGCAUUCAGGCGUUGUUGCUCAACUGCGGGGGUCCUGUGCGGUCUAAUAGUAAGAACAAGGGGAACGAGUGGCAAGUACAUUGAUAGGUCUACCUGUUGUGGCUGAGUAGCCCCAUACUAAAGCCACAAUUGAUAUUGAGUUGGAGAACUGUCUUUCAUCACUCAUAGUUCACUAUUACAGUUGGGUUCAAAUAACCCUGUAUGUUGGGUUGUGAUGUAAACGCAGCACAUUUGGUCAGAUGAUUGACUUGGUAUUUCAUAAGUGAAGAAAUAUUUAGACUUUGUAUUUCACAAGUGAAGAAAUAUUUAUACGGUUAGUAACUGAAUGUGGCUGCAUAUACAUGGGGUUGGAAUGACAACAACCAGGACAGUUGCUCUGGAGCUGAUUUAGAGACCCUUGUUAAGGUAUGUUAUGCAAUACAUAAGGUCUUUCACUUGUUUUGUGUUUUCACAAGCUUGUGCAGUUUUUGUUUGAAAGAAAUGCUAAUAGUUUCAUGAAUUUGUGAACAUCGGGUGCUCUCAAUGUCAGUACAUCAUGAGGGUUUAUCUUUUUGCUCGCUUUAAAUCUUGCAAUUUUUGUUUUAUACUAUUGUCUGAAAUUUAGAAAAAUAAAAGGUGUAACAUUUUUGUGAUGCCUGUCUCAUGACACAUUGCAUUAAAAUAUGACUAGUUUAUAUACUAGACCAGUUUCACACUUCUAGUGAUUACUAGUUUGGACUAUGAUUAGCUAAGUAAUGUUUUCUAUCUGGGCAGUAAGUUUGAGGUCCCAGGUCAACAUAUUGUUAAAAUUGUUUUGAAUUUGAAAGCUGGUGAUCAGAAGUAGAGAAAAAGAGAUGAACCUACCAUGGGAGACAUCAGAUCUUGGCAUUACUAAGGAUGAAAAUGUUACAUUUAAUGCUUCAAUUAGACUAGAAUUAAGUAAUUUCCAUUUAAUCUCCACAUUUCCCUUUCAAAUGGUUAUGUAUAUAGUAAAAAUAAUUUACUUUGUUUUGUUAAGAAAGGUAUUAUGAUUUUGAGGCUAAAAACUAUUAUGCAUCCAGUACAGUGUAGCGCAUGAGUUUAACAUGAUAUAAAUAAGCUAUAAAUCUAUUAUGAGAUUUGCUGUUUAAAGAGGAUAUUUUGUAUCCUUUUUUGCUUGUAUGAUACUGCUAGGAAUGUGAACUUAAGACAGAUUUACAUAGUUGAAUAUGUCUGAAUGCCUAUAAAUACGUCUAUAAGUCUGAAUGUCGGGGUUCUAAUAUAUUUAAUGCAGUGUAAGUUUAUGGACCUUAAGUUAACUAUUGCAAUCCCAAAGUAUUUGUGUUUAUGCAGGCAUUUCAGCAAAAGGAAAUAAAAUAAUACAUUUGAUACGUACAUUAAUAUAUUGUAGUAAUAGCAACUAUUAAAUUAAAUGUGGGAUAACUUAAGGAAGACUUACAUUAUCAUAACCCUUGACAAACAUUAGGUGAUCUAUCCAUGACACUGCAAUAUUGGUGAAUAGGUCUUUAAUAUCAGCGCUCGACAACAGAAAGCAUUGUUGUGGUAAUGAUCAUUUGCCUAUGGGUGUUAUUUUGAGGCACUGUUCAGGCAUUAAGUGACUUUGAAAGUCAUAUCAGUAGCUUCCCUAGGCCUGUUAAAUGCAUUAUCCACCCCUCAUAACGCAGCAAGUACAAUAACAUAUACGCGAGCAGAUUGGUGCUUUGCAUUAUGCAAUUAUGCAGCUAACCAGCAUCAUACAGUGACUAUGGUUAAAAUAUUUAGCGUCUACGUAUUCAUCUUUUUGGAGGUUAAUCCCGUUGAUUGAUAACAUGAAUACGUUUAUUCAAUAUGAAAUUAGGGCUCUCACGAUUCAAGUAACUCUGAUAAACCCAACUUGCAUUUUGCGGCAGCACGUCAUCAAUUCUGCAAGAUUAGAAUAGGAGGCAUGCAUACACUGAGGCACAGAAUUCUGACAGGAUCUUUUUACUUGAGCCAUACGAGUUUGCAACAUCUUCCGGUCAGAAUGGAGAGUGCUGUAACGUUAGCAAUUCUGGCUGACUGUCUAGUAUGGUGUGUUUUUUAUUUUUUUUUAUUUGUUAGCCAUGUGAGGUUGGGUAUUUUGUAAAUGUAGUUUAAACGGUGGCAGCCUAAGCAUUGUAUGUGAUGUUGAUUGGUCAUAUCUCUAAUAUUCUCUUGUUUAUAUGUUUUGAAUGUAUAUGUUUUUGAAUCCAUAAUUAAUGGUAGCAUUUGCUUUUCAUUGAUUAGGAACAUAUAAACAACAAUGAGCCUCAAAGAAAGGAGAGGAGGAAGGGGCAGAAAUCCUGAACAAGAUGCACUAUAUUAUAUUUCCAAUUCACUGGACAAAGUUGGUUUUCUAAAGAAGUUCAUUAACCCCUUCAAAGGUCAUGGAGUAUUCAGCAAUAGCUACUUUGGAAAAGGAGACUUCCUGCUGGAAUACAGAGGGGACUUUAUUACAUUUGAUGAGAGCAAAAGAAGAAGAAUACAAUACAGUGAUGCCCUUAAUGUUUUCAUGUUUGACCUAAGUUUCAAUGGGAAACUGUGGUGUAUUGAUGCAGCAAACACUGAAUCACUUGCCAGAUUUGUCAACGAUGACCAUAUCAAUCCGAACAGCAAAAUGAAAAGGCUAACAGUUGGAGGGAAGCCCCAUCUCUGUUUAUUUGCAACGUCCGACAUAAAACCUGGAGAGGAAAUUUCCUAUGAUUAUGGUGACUCGGACUGGCCGUGGCGAAAUAAGCAAAUCCAUGUCCAAGAAAUGUCCGUUACUACAGAGACCGAGAACACUGAAGAGCAAAUCCAUGUCCAAGAAAUGUCCGUUACUACAGAGACCGAGAACACUGAAGAGCAAAUCCAUGUCCAAGAAAUGUCCGUUACUACAGAGACCGAGAACACUGAAGAGCAAAUCCAUGUCCAAGAAAUGUCCGUUACUACAGAGACCGAGAACACUGAAGAGUGUCAGCAUAUUCUUGUACAUGCUGUUGCAUCCUCUUUGGACAAAUGCAAUGUCUGCAGUGGUGGCACAAUGUCAUCACUCAGGUGGUCUGGAAUGCAAUGUAAAGGGUGCUCUCUUGUAUGGCACAAAAGCUGUUUAUUAAAAGUGCAACCUCAUCUUUAUAGGGAAUGUGAAAGCGAGGACUAUUCGUCAGAAGAGCAAUAUGUACCCGACAGCCAAUCGGACUCUGAUCAAGACUCUGAUCGAGACUCUGAACGAGACUCUGAACGAGACUCCGAAGAGUUGAAUAGACUAUCCAAUACAUACAAAGUCAAGCCUAUAGUUCAAAGAAUCAUCCCAUCCAACUCCAACAUGGAAGUAGAGCAUCUCAAUUUGUCAUCCAGCUUAGGCGGGACAACAGAAGAGGAGAAUGUUUCCUCCACACCAUCUUUCACAAAGAAGAACUACUGUUUUGUCUGUAGGAAACCCCAAUCUAAGAUAUCUAGACAUUUUCAAAAACAUGAGAAACAAGAAGCUGAAAUUGCACUUGCUUUUUCACUCCCCAAAAACUCCAAACAACGAAAAAGUUUGCUGGACAAACUUAGAAAUAGAGGGAAUCAUAUGCACAAUGAGGAGGUCUGUAACAAGAAGAGUGGAGCACUGAAGGUCAAUAGAAGACCAAAGGUCAAACAGGCUAGUCAAAGUUACAUGCAUUGCCUCUACUGUAAAGGCAUGUUUGUCCGCAAAGAGCUCUGGAGGCAUGUACGCCGAUGCCCUUCAAAAACAAAGACAGCCACUGAAGCUACUGGAAGAAUGAAAGUAUUAGGGCUGGCCAGUCUAGUGGAUGCACCCUACAGUCAACAUAUUUCCCAAGAUGUUUGGAAGAUCUUAAGCAAAAUGAAUCAGGAUGAAGUGGCAUCUGUUGUGCGAAGUGACAUAUCAAUACUACAACUUGCACAGUCUUUAUAUAAUAAACACGGAAAAAACCCCAAAAGAUCUGAGUACAUACGGCAAAAGCUUCGGGAAAUGGGAAGACUUUUGUUGUAUCUGCGUGAAAAUUCAACAAUUUACAGCCUUGAAGAUGCCAUUAAGCCUGUGAAUUUUUAUAAAGUUGCCGAGGCAGUCAAAACAGUUGCUGGUUUCGAUGAAGAAACAUUUUCUUAUCAAACACCAAGCCUUUCUUUGAAACUUGGACACUCACUGGUUAAGAUAUCGGAUAUAAUACACUGUAGGGCCCUUAUGUCGGAAGAUAGCCCCCUGGAAAAAUCUACUGAGGCCUUUAAAGCACUAUAUACCGCUAAAUGGGCUGAACUUGUGUCAAGCACAGCACUCCGUACCCUAUAUAAGGCCAAAUUCAACAAACCAUCCACACUACCAUUCACAGAAGAUGUGGUACUUUUCAGCCAGCAUCUGGAGAAGACUAGAGAGCAAGCUUUUCUAUCCCUAACUAAUGAAUCAUCACUACAUGACUAUGUCAAACUGACCAAAGUAGCCCUUUCACAGCUAAUCGUCUUUAACAGACGGCGUGCUGGUGAGGUGUCUAACCUUCUUUUAAAAUCUUUCCAGGAUAGAGAUCAGAGUAGGCUGCAUUCAGAUGUUGCUGUGGGCCUAUCUAAAUUUGAGGAAAGUCUUUGCAAGACUUUUAGUAGAGUUGAAAUGGAAGGGAAAAGAGGGCGAAAAGUUGCAAUACUGCUUACUCCCAAAAUGGUUGAUACCUUAACACUUUUGGUUGGAAGAAGGGAAGAGUGUGGAGUUACAAAAGAUAAUCCUUACUUAUUUGCAAGACCCAAAUGUGAGAGCCCAUUUCGGGGAGACGACAGCAUCAGGUGUUUUGCAAGUGAAUGUGGUGCGAAGAACCCACAGCAUCUGCGGUCCACAGCAUUACGCAAACAUGUGGCUACACUGUCACAAAUCCUGAACUUAAAGAACAACGAGCUGGAUAACUUGGCCAACUUUUUAGGUCAUGACAUCAGAGUUCAUAGAGAGUUUUACAGACUUCCAGAAGCAACUACACAAAUGGCAAAAUUGUCAAAGCUCCUUUUGGCUAUGGAGAAAGGGUGCCUUCCAAAUCUGAAGGGAAAGUCGUUGGAUGACAUUGAAAUUGAAGACCUACUUGAUGUGAGUGACGAAGACGGUUCUACCACUGAGUCAGAUAAUGAAGAUUCUGCAGACAUAUCUGCUCCUGUGAUGAAAGCUUCACAGCGAAGCUGCAGGCGUAACCAGUGUACCAGAUUUUUGCAAUUUUAUUGGGCCGGGUCAACAUCCAUGUGGUGUACCAGACAAUCCCUCGCACCAUCCAGACUCCAAACGUGCCGAGGCAAAUGUUCAUCACAAUCGGAAGCAGCGACACGGCCAUCAAGCAGAACAAACUUCUCCAAAACUUGAUGUUUCCAAACCCAGAAAAAUCAUGAGAAGAAUAGCAUGGAACAAAACAGAAAUACAAGCUGUGAUGAAGCACUUUGGCAACCACAUCAUCCAAGGAAAAACAGCAACAAUGCUGGAGUGCAAACAAUGCAAAGAUGCAGAAGAACCUUUUCUAAAAAUGAGGUCCCCUCAAAACAUACGAGACUUUGUAAGAAACAAAGGACUGACAUUCAGAAGGCAAAAUGAAAAAGCGAUCAAUACACAAAUGUAAAGAUUAUCAUUCAGUACAUAAUUUGUUAAACAUUUUAUACGGUCAAAUCAAAAAAGCAACUUUUGUGACUAUAACACAUUGAAAAAGUAUGAUUAUAUAUCAGCAUCUCAAAAGACAAUGGGUUAUGCACUUGCUUUGGAAUCUGCUGUGUAGUGAAUUAAUGAGUGGCGAUAGACCCUAAUCUACAUUUGGUUACAGUAUAGCCUACAUUUAAAAUGUAUUAAAUUAUGAGGGGGAAAAAAAUCGAACUUGCUCGCAAUACCCCAUAAUAAAAACAAAACGGGUUUAAUUUUUUUUUGCACGUUUAUAAGAAACUGAAAUAUGACAGGGCUUGACGAUAAUUCAAUCAAUACUGUUAUCGUUUUUUAAAUAAUUAUAUUAUUGGGUUAUAUCGCCCACCCCUAAUAUGAAAUAUACACUAUUAUUCUCAUCCCUUAAUGGAAGAGGGGUGUGAGCCUAGGGUCUUUUUGGGUAUGACGCUACAAGCUUGGCACACCUGUAUUUGGGUAGUUUCUCCUAUUCUUCUCUGCUGAUCCUCUUAAGCUCUGUCAGGUUGGAUGCAAAACAAUGCUGCAUAGCCAUUUUCAGGUCUCCAGAGAUGUUCAAUCGGGUUCAAGUCCAGGUUCUGGCUGGGCCACUCAAGGACAUUCACUGACUUGUACCAAAGCCUCUCCUGCAUCGUCUUGGCUGUGUGCUUAGGGUCAUUGUCCUGUUGGAUUGUCAACCUUCUCCACAGUCUAAGAUUCUGUUCACUCUGGAACAGGUUUUCAUCCAGGAUCUCUCUGUACUUCUCUGUCUUUAUCUUUCCCUCAAUCCUGGCUAGUCUCCCAGUCCCUGCUGCUGAGAAACAUCCCCAUAACCUGUUGCUGCUCCAACCUUGUUUCACUGUAGGGAUGCAUUGGCCAGAUGUGCGGUGCCUGGUUUCCUGUAGUCUGCAUCAUUGAAGGUCUCGAAGAACAGUGGUCUCCAUCAUUCUAAAAUGUUUCCAUUUUGGAAAAAUUGAACUCCUUUGGGCUUAAUGUCAAGCGUCAUGUCUGCAGACAACCAGGCACUGGUCAUACGGCCAAUGCAUCCCUAUGGUGAAGCAAGGUGUUUUUCAGCAGUAGGGACAGAGUGACUAGUCCGGUUUAAGGGAAAGAUGAACAGAGAAAGGUACAGAGAGAUCCUGGAUGAAAACUUGCUCCAGAACGCUCAGGAUCUCAGACUCAGGUGAAGGUUGACCUUCCCACAAGACAACCACCCUAAGCACAUAGCCAAGACAACACAAGUGGCUAUGGGACCGGUCUGUGAAUGUACUUGAGUGGCUUAGCCAUAGGCCGGACUUGAACCCGAUCAAACAUCUAUAGAGAGACCUGAAAAUGGCUGUGCAGUGACAUUCCCCAUGCACCCUGACAGGGGUUAUGAGUAUCUACAGAGAAGAGUGAGUGAAACCCCAAAAAUACAGAUAUGCCAGGCUUGUAGGGUCACACACAAGAAAACUUGAGGCAGUAAUUGCUAUGAAAGUAAUUUUUUUAACACAUUUUUUAGAAUAAGGGUCUGAAUACUUUUAAAAUACUUUUCUACAAUAACCUUUAAUUGCUUAGCAUUUGUUUGCAUUAAUUUUAAAAUGAAAUGUUAUGACUAGUCUUUUUAACGGUGUGCUAUAAAUGUAGAUAUUUGUUACGUUUUAAAUUUAAUAAUUCAACUUUUUACCAAAAAAGUAGCCCAUGCACUUGCACAUUACAGACCAAAUGGUGGCACAUCCAUGUUCAAGGUGUGGCCUACGUUUUAAUUUAAUAGUUUUUAUGUCCACCUUGUUUUUGUUGAUCCAUUUUAAUUGUUAAGUUGUCGUUUGUUUUUGCAAAUGGGUUUCAUAAUUAUUCACCUAUUUGUUUGCUGAAAUUGUACUUGUCAAAUGUGGCAAUAUUCUUAAUAUUUAUAUAAUAUUCAUGCUUAAAAACCAACAAAUGAGUUACAAACUUGUGACUGAAAGAGUUGGCCAUAAUUCCUGUGAUUUGAGACCAGUAAACAACUACAGGAUGCAUUUGUUGUAGUCUUUAUACACUGCUUUGCUAAAGUAUCCAUAUCCCUCAAGUUUGAAGUGAUACCAUCCCUAAUAGGCUGUAAGCAGAUAAAAUAUUAGCGGCAUUAGAUGUGCAGAGCAGUUCUGUUUUGCAGAAGGAAAUAUUCACUACAGGUGGAUCAGUUUGUGAGCUGCAGCGGGCUGUCUCCACUCCUGAACCGAUGGUAGACAUUUGAUUGUUUGAUGUGUGUCAUCCUUGUAGCUAAUCAUCAGCAUUCUAGUUCUAUUCUUUGCAUGGUUAAGACGAGCUGAUUUCUGUAAUUAAAAUCAGACGCAUUAAGUUGAA